AUGGUAUUAUCUAUCUAUCUAUCUAUCUAUCUAUCUAUCUAUCUAUCUAUCUAUCUAUGUCAUUUUGUUAUCUAUCUAUGUCAUUGUGUACUUAUCUAUCUAAAUAUCUUUUGUAAUUUUAUUUUUAUAUAUCAAUGUUCUUCCGUUCAUAUCUAUCUAUCUAUCUAUCUAUCUAUCUAUCCAUAUCUAUUCAUCUAUCUUUAUAUAUAUAUAUUAUGCUUUUCUUAUCUCUCUUUCUCUCUCUGUCUAUCUAUAUAUCUAUCGUCUGUUCAUAUCUAUCUAUCUAUCUAUCUAACUAUCUAUUACAAUUUCUUCAUAUCUAUCUAUCUAUCUAUCUAUAAGUCUGUUUAUAUCUAUGUAUUUCUUAAUCUAUCGAAGUAUCUAUCUGUUACCGUCUUUUCUUAUCUAUCUAGUACUGUCUGUUCAUAUCUAUCUAUCUAUCUAUCUAUCUAUCUAUCUAUUACAAUUUCUUCAUAUCUAUCUAUCUAUCUAUCUAUCUAUCUAUCUAUAAGUCAGUUUAUAUCUAUGUAUUUCUUAAUCUAUCGAAGUAUUUAUCUGUUACCGUCUUUUCUUAUCUAUCUAGUACUGUCUGUUCAUAUCUAUCUAUCUAUCUAUCUAUCUAUUACAAUUUCUUCAUAUCUAUCUAUCUAUCUAUCUAUCUAUCUAUCUAUCUAUCUAUCUAUCUAUAAGUCUGUUUAUAUCUAUGUAUUUCUUAAUCUAUCGAAGUAUCUAUCUGUUACCCUCUUUUCUUAUAUAUCUAGUACUGUCUGUUCAUAUCUAUCUAUCUAUCUAUCUAUCUAUCUAUCUAUCUAUCUAUUACAAUUUCUUCAUAUCUAUCUAUCUAUCUAUCUAUCUAUCUAUCUAUCUAUCUAUCAGUCUGUUUAUAUCUAUGUAUUUCUUCAUCUAUCGAAGUAUCUAUCUGUUACCCUUUUUUUUAUAUAUCUAGUACUGUCUGUUCAUAUUCAUUCAUUCAUUCUAUCUAUCUAUCUAUCUAUCUAUCUAUCUAUCCGGCUGCUCAUAUCGAUAUAUCCGUCUAUUUUUCUUUUCAUAUCUAUCUAUCUAUCUAUCUAUCUAUCUAUCUAUCUAUCUAUCAGUCUGUUUAUAUCUAUGUAUUUCUUAAUCUAUCGAAGUAUCUAUCAGUUACCGUCUUUUCUUAUAUAUCUAGUACUGUCUGUUCAUAUCUAUCUAUCUAUCUAUCUAUCUAUCUAUCUAUCUAUCUAUCUAUCUAUCUAUCAGUCUGAUCAUAUCUAUAUAUCCGUCUAUUUUUCUUUUCAUAUCUAUCUAUCUAUCUAUCUAUCUAUCUAUCUAUCUAUCUAUCUAUCAUUACCAUCUUUUCUUAUAUAUCUUGUACUGUCUGUUCAUAUCUAUCUAUCUAUCUAUCUAUCUGAUCAUAUCUAUAUAUCCGUCUAUUUUUCUUUUCAUAUCUAUCUAUCUAUCUAUCUAUCUAUCUAUAAGUCUGUUUAUAUCUAUGUAUUUCUUCAUCUAUCGAAGUAUCUAUCUGUUACCGUCUUUUCUUAUAUAUCUAGUACUGUCUUUUCAUAUCUAUCUAUCUAUCUAUCUAUCUAUCUAUCUAUCUAUCUAUCUAUCUAUCACAAUUUCUUCAUAUCUAUCUAUCUAUCUAUCUAUCUAUCUAUCUAUCUAUCUAUCUAUCUAUCUAUCUAUCUAUCUUUUGACUCUCCAUAUCAAUUUUAA